AUGGAGGGACAUUCGGCUCCACCUGCUGCAGAGGCUGCAGGUGCAGGCACAACAACUGAUGCUGCUCCUCCAGUCCAGGCGAAUGUUCAUGCGCAAGCUGCCCAUCAUAACCAACCUAUAGCUUCUGAGGAAAAGCAACCUAUUGGACGCGUCACGCCUCGACCAACCUUUCUUGAAAACCUUGCCGACUCUCGCGAAAGCCAAUUCAGGUUCCACCGUCGCAAAAACGAUGAUUUUGACAGCUACUUUCACGGUCCACGAGACCUCGAUAAGCAUUCGAAAUGGCCGGUCUUUCUUCGAAUGCAUGGCAGUGUCUUGCCCAAACUGAUCCUGCCUCUGCUCUUUGUCGCGGCGUGGUCGACUUUGAUCACACUCUUCUCACAUUACGUACAUAAUCUUGGCAUUAACAAUAUUCUCCUGACGGUUCUUGGUUUCGUCGUCGGUUUGGCUCUUUCAUUCCGAAGCUCUACAGCGUACGAGAGGUAUGCAACUUCUCGCAACCUUGCUCGCACGAUAUGGGUCAAUACAGCGGAAAGAAGAGGCACCGAAUUUGAAAAGGACGACCUGUUGGGCAAACUAACGGCCAUGAACCUCAUCCUCGCGUUUGCCGUCGCCCUAAAGCACAAACUGCGCUUCGAGCCAGACAUCGGCUACGAAGACCUGGCGGGUCUGGUCGGACACCUGGAUACCUUUGCCAAGGACGCCCACGACCGUGCACUCCUUCAGCCGCCCAAAAAGAGUUCCUGGAAGGCGAUGGGCGAAUAUCUCGGCGUCUCCUUCGCCGAGUCGAAUCCCAGAAAGCUCGUCAAGCGCUCCAAGAAGCCUCUGGGACAUCUGCCCCUGGAGAUUCUCAACUACUUGUCGGCCUAUAUUGACCGGUGCAUUGCGAAUGGCACUCUGUCCGUCAGUCUUCACCAGAGUCAAGCCAUUGGUGCUCUGUGUUCCCUGAAUGAAGUCCUCACUGGAACCGAGCGUGUGCUGGAUACACCACUUCCGGUGGCCUACAGUAUUUCCAUUGCUCAGAUUGCCUGGAUCUAUGUCCUGGUGCUUCCAUUCCAGCUCUACCCUGCCCUGGAAUGGAUCACUAUUCCCGGCUCUAUCGUCGCCGCAUACAUCAUCCUCGGCCUCGCCACGAUCGGCAGCGAAAUCGAGAACCCCUUUGGCCAGGAUGUCAACGAUCUCCCCUUGGACACAUACUGCAGACAGAUCGCCGUCGAGCUCGACAUCAUCACCGCCAUGCCACCCCCCAGUGUGGACGACUUCACCUCCCGCGACGAAAACCUGGUUCUCUUCCCUCUUAGCUCCUCCGGAUACCCGGAGUGGAAGGACCGCAGCGUUGAGGAUAUCCGCGCCGCGCUGCGGGCAAAGGUCAUCGCCAACCACUCAUCUUCAGGGGCUUCGGACUCGUCCACCAUCCUCGGGGACGGAAGCCUGCGGUCCCAGACUGAUACGAGCAUGGCCAAGGCAUCCGUCUGA